CCCAUAAUGCAGCGUGUAAACCAGCUUAUACAAAUGGCGGCGGAAAACACCAGGGAGCGAGGAUAAAUAUUUUAUUUAUAAUUAUUUUUGGCUUAAUGUUUUAUUUAUAGCUAGAAACAGCUGCAGAAGUCACAGAAUAUAUGCUCUAUUUCCCCAACGAUACUUUAUUCCAUCUCGCAUAGAAGACUUUAGGGUUAGUGGCCGUUAGCGUAUGUAGGUAACCUAGCAACGUGGUGACGCAUGCUGCCUUCGGGGUCCGUCUCAAACCGUUUCAUUAAAGGUAGCUUCGCAGAUAUCGAAGCGCUGCCUUAUAAGACAGUUAUGAAACAGCAAGGCACCAAAGGAAUCAAGGCAGCUGUCUUCGGACACGGCUGUCCAUGAUGUCUGAGAUAAACAGGAGUGUUUUCCCACAGAUAGCCUUAAGGUCUGAAGUGCAGGAAUAUCUUCACAAUGUCUACACGAACAAAGAGCUCGUGUCUGAACUCGGAAAGGAGGAGGCAGAGAAAGUGUUUGAUUCACUGCUGUCCUGUCUGUCCCACCCGCCAUCACUCACCUGCCUGAGAGCCAGCACACACAUACACACUCUACAGGACAUAGAACACAGGCUGGAGCAGCACCUUGCACAGCAACAAGUGAGUGGUUGUUACAGUGACAGGGUUUCCACUCCCAUCCUUCCUCACCCACAGCUUCCAGACGUGCUGCUGCUGCCAGUCAUAGGGCCGAGGGAUGUGAGUAUUCUGAAUGCUGAAGUGAUCGUCGGUGCACAGUGUGGCAGUGCGGUAUUGAGAGGAGCUCAUGUCUUUGCUCCGGGUGUCCUCAGUGCACCUAAGUUUAUGAAAGCAGGUGACGUAGUGUCAGUGUUCUCAGAUGCGGAGGGCAAGUGUACACGAGGAGCUAAAGACUUCCAGGGGAAGAAGGUCUUCCUGGGGAAUGGCGUGUGUGUGAUGAACCGUUCUGAUAUAUUUUGUGCAGAAGGACCAGUGAGAGGUGUGGCCAUUAAGAUGGUGGAUGCUCUUUACCAAAGCCCAUCUUUUGAUGGCGUGCUGCCAAAUGAAGUGUUCCUGCAGAACCUCCCAUCAGUGGUGGUGGGACAUGUUUUGGGGCCUCGUCCUGGGGAGAGGAUUUUGGACAUGUGUGCAGCUCCUGGAGGAAAGACUACACAUAUAGCUGCUCUCAUGGCUAAUCAGGGAGUGGUAGUGGCUCUGGACAAGAUCAAAUCCAAAGUAGAGAAGAUCACUGAGAAUGCUCAAGCUCUAAGGCUGCACUGCAUUAAAGCGCACUGUUACAACAGCAUACAGGCCGUCUGCUCUGAUCUUACCCACAGCUGUAGUACAGCAGACACUCCUCCAUUCCCAGAAGAGAGUUUUGAUCGGAUAUUAUUAGACGCUCCAUGCAGUGGGCUGGGACAGAGACCUAACAUGGCACUCAACUACAGUCUCAAGGAAGUGUGCUCAUACCAGCCUUUACAGAGAAAACUCUUCCGCACGGCUGUGCAGCUCUUGAAAAAGGGAGGUGUGUUGGUGUAUAGUACCUGCACUGUAACACUUGCUGAGAAUGAAGAGCAGGUGGCCUGGGCAUUGAAAACGUUCCCGUGUUUAACUCUGGAGCCACAGGAGCCACACCUUGGAUCACAAGGCAUGCCUGGAGCUGAAUUAUCAUGUGACCAGCGGAGGCUGCUGCAGAGGUUCCGCCCAGAAUUAUCAUGGCACAGGGCUACUGAGAGUCACGCCUCAGAGGACCUCCUGCUAAAAGCCAACACGGACACUAUCGGGUUCUUCAUAGCAAAAUUCAGCAAGAGAUAACGCCCGUUCAUUCUAACACGUGUUCAUGAAGCAGCUCAAGGAGGCAGACGGAAACGAGUGCCAGGGGAGGGAGGGGUAAACGGAUGGCAUGAAUGGAGGGGAGAGAAGGGGUGGUGCCAUGCGUAGUUCUGCUUCCGUUGCCAUGACAACAGUGACGCAACGGCUGCUAUGGUGAUUGUUGGGUUUGCGUGACCAUUGGACUGUGACCAGGAAGCAGCAUGCAGCCAGAGGACACGAUGGUAUUGACAGUUUCUCACACACACAGCAAAUGACCGCCAGCUGAAUUUGUUAAUCAACAGAUGUGAGCACUGUACAUUUUUUUUUUUUUUUUUUUUUUAUGGAGUAGUGGAGCAGUAGUUUUUAUCAAAAUGAUGAACGUAUAUUAAAAGGUUGACACAUGGAAAUUAACAUGCUUUAAUAUUUAAUUUUUUAAAAAAAAGGGCUAGUGAGCACAUUUUGUAAAUGAACACAGAUAAAUGUUCUGAAACAGAUACCUUUUUAAAAUAUGGUUAUUUUAGAUAAUCACACAUGCAGAUCUGACACUAGACCAGUAAUUAAGUGGUCAGAAUAAAGAAAUUAGAUUUAAAUGAUCUCUUGUCUAAAGGGACAUACACCCAGAGGAAAGUUCAUUUGGGUCCAUCACCCUAUAUAGUUGACAUGUCUUUAUGACUCAUUGUCUAAUGUUGGGAUGUCUAUUUUGAUUUAGAAGAAAGUUCAUUGUAAGGAGUUGAUAGUUAAUAGAGCACGAGUGUAUUAAAACAGCCUGCGAGUGUGAA